AACUUUUGAUAUUUAAUUUUGAUAAGAUAAUUACAGGAAAGAAGCUUUUAAGGACAUCCUCUUAAAUAUAAUUCAUGUCAGAACAAGCAGGCAAUACUUCUUCAGAUGCAGGAGAUAUUCCAGAUGAAUCAUGUGCUGAAGAUCUUUCUAAGCGUAGACAAAAACGAAAUAUACAUCGCGUUAGGUUUGACGCGAAAGAGGACUUAGAAAAUAUGGAAUCAGUUAUUAUUAAAGAGUCAACACAUAUUUCAGAGGAAGCUACACAAUCUAGUAGUUCUCAAAGACAUAAACGUGUAUCAUCUUUUUAUAUUCAGGAAGAGGUUGAAACAUCUGCAUUGGAUUCCAAAGAGCAUCUUGCAUUGCCCGGAGAGACAGAAUCAAGCCCUCUGUCUCCUGUUCUUGAUUCUUUUGAAUCAUCUCAACGGUUAGGGAUAUCACCUUUAUCGCUUUAUACGUCACAACUUCUUGAAUCUCAACAGACAAAAAUUCCAAGUGUUCAAUUAUUAGAUCCUCCUCAUAGAGUUUCGAGCAGUCCUUUUUUGAGUGGAGAAUCUCCUUCUACUUUUUCUGUGCCUGAAGAAUUUGAACAGUGUGUUCCUAAACCAUCGAAUAAACAAGCGUCAGCAGCUUCAUCUAAAAAAAAAACGGGGAAAAAACGUGGGAGAGAAAUUUAUUCAUUAACAAAAUAUGCAUAUGAUCUAGUGCGUUCACAUUUACGUGGAGAGUCAUAUCGUCAGAAAAAAAUAUUAAAAGGAUCAGAUAUAUCAGACGAUUCAACACGUAUACCGGGGGAAGAUACAACACAAGCAUCUGGUUUUCGGGGAGGAGUGUUAUCUCAUCUUUUGAAAUUAUAUAAUUCUGAUAAUAUACAUUUUAAUCGCCAAAAUAUAAAUAUAACACCGCCGGGUACAGGCCGUAGUACGCCUAAAUGGCAUAGUAAAUCGACCAACAGUUCAUCAACUUCUUUAUCUGCUUUAUUGGCAACAUCGUCAGCGACUGUUGCACUUCCUGGUCUUUUAAAUAUCCAUCGUGAUGAUUCUGGUUCUGGAUUAUCAAAAUCGUCACGACCUCCAUAUAAGUUACGUAAGCAUAGUAGUGGACUAGCUAAUGCUAUAAAACAUAGUCUUUCCCGAUCGAGAUUGGAGGAUGAGAUUCGUAUUACAAUACAUUUAGCAGAUGUUUUACAGCGACAAAAAUUUAUAUUGAGGCUAUGUCAUGCAUUAAUGCUUUACGGAAGUCCUACGCAUCGUUUAGAAGAAUGCAUGAAAUUAACAUCAAGAGUUCUCGAGAUUGAUGGCCAGUUUUUAUAUAUUCCAGGAUGCAUGAUUAUUUCCUUUGGUGAUUUGAUAACUCAUACGUCAGAUAUGCAUGUUGUUCGUGUCAAUCAAGGAUUAGAUAUCGGAAAGUUACAGGAGACUCAUUUUAUUUAUAAACAAGUAAUUCAUGAUCUUAUUGGAGUUGAAGAAGCAAUGAAAAAUCUUGAUGAAGUAAUUAAUCGAAAACAGUAUUAUAAGAAUUGGGUUGUAAUUCUUUUUUAUGGAUUUGCAAGUGCAUUAGUAGGUCCUUUCGCAUUUAAUGCAUCUUGGUUUGAUAUGCCUAUUUCCUUUCUUUUAGGCACUAUUUUAGGUUUAUUAAGAGUAGUUGUUACACCACGAAGUUUUAUGUAUGCAAAUGCCUUUGAAAUAUCAGCUACUAUUAUUACAAGUUUUCUCGCAAGAGCUUUUGGAAGUAUACCAGAUCGAAAAAAUCAGGGAAAAUAUAUUUUUUGUUUUGCAAGUAUGGCAGAGAGUUCUAUUGCACUCAUAUUGCCAGGAUAUUUAGUAUUGUGCGGGUCAUUAGAACUUCAAACUAAAAAUAUAGUUGCAGGCUCUGUAAGAUUAUUCUAUGCUAUUAUUUAUUCAUUAUUUCUUGGUUUUGGAAUUACUAUUGGUUCUGUUAUUUAUGGUUCAAUGGAUCGAAAAGCUAGUAAUGAAACAUAUUGUCAAAGUAAUAUUGAUAUUUUAUAUCGUUUUAUUUCUGUUCCUAUCUUUACUGCUUGUAUUUUAGUUGUUAACCAAGCAAAACCACAGCAAUUUCCUGUUGCUGUAAUUAUAGCAGGUGCAGGAUACAUCGUAAAUUUUUUUUCUUCAAAAAGAUUUGGUGCUUCUCAAGUUUCUAAUGCUAUAGGGGCUUUUGUAAUAGGAUGUCUUGGUAAUAUAUAUUCUAGGAUUGGCCAUGAUCUAGCCUUUACCGUUGUUUUACCUGCAAUCUUUGUUCAAAUUCCAUCUGGUUUAGCUGCACAAAGAGGUGUUUAUAUCGGUAUAGGGGAAUCAAAUGAAAUUUUUGCCCAUAAUUCAUCUACUGAUUAUAAUAUUUCUAAUGUUGGAGUUGAGCAUUCAUCUAGUCCUAAUUCUUUGUCUUUUGGUAUUGUCAUGAUUCAAAUUGCAAUUGCCAUUACUGUCGGUUUGUUUUUUAGUUCUAUCCUUAUUUACAGUUUUGGAGGCAUGAGAAAAAGGUCUGCUUUGUUUUCAUUGUAA